AGAAGAAGAAGAUCCGUCUCCAGUUCUUUAGCGUACACAGCCCUAUCUUGUACUUCGUUUCCGUUCUUUUUUCUUUUUAUCUCUCUCUCUUUCAAAGGAAAAAUAUAAUAUAUAUAUAUCGUUGUUAUUGUUUUUUAAUCCACUUACGCACGUUGACGUGCCGACUCGAUUCUCUCUCUCUCUCUCUAUCUAUCUAUCUAUCUAUCUCUUACAUCAAAAUACAGAUAAAGAAACAUAUAUAUAGUCGUUUCCUCUUCACCUCUCCUUCAACAAAACGCUUUUGGGAAUUACCCGCCUUUAUUUUCUUUUAAAUCACCGACAAGCGAAACAACAACAACACCGACAAAAGGUAGUUAUCGUCAAAACAACAACAACGACCAAAAAAAGAAGGAAAGAAAACAUUCAGUGAGUUUAAUAAACAUUUUUGUUUUUCUCCUCUCUUUCUUCUCUUUCUUCUCCUUUUCUCGUAAAGCAUCGCGACACAUUGGAUUACGUAGCGCCAUUGAUCGCACACCGCCAGACUCACCGUACUCCUCUUUUUUCUCUCUUUCUCUCUUCUCUUUCUGCGACUACGUCUUCUCAGCUGACUCGACAGCAAAAUUUCGACUUCUCAAUUCACUCCGCAGCAGCACAACAACAAACAACAAAAAUAACAGUAAAAAACGAAACUCAAAAAUGUCUGUAGUGCCGAAGUUUAUCGAGGACCCGACCACCGUCGUCGACAUCGCCGUGGACGGCCUCUGCGAACUCAACAACCGCGUGAAAAAGAUUGAGAACACGAACGUGGUGGUGGCCACCGAGGUGGACCCGACGAAGGUGCUGCUCCUCUGCGGCGGCGGCAGCGGACACGAGCCGGCUCACGCAGGUUUUGUGGCAAAGGGCUGGCUAAGCGCUGCGAUCUGCGGCAGCGUCUUCGCCUCCCCGCCCACCGCCCACGUCAGCGCGGGCAUCGAGUACCUGGCGAAGCAGCAGGGGCCCAACGGACCGGGUAUCCUCGUCAUCAUUAAGAACUACGCAGGAGAUAUCCUCAACUUCCAGUACGCAGUGCGACAGGCCCGGGCGCAGGGUAUUCAGGUGGAGACGGUGCUGUCGGCCGAUGACGCCGUUUUUGGCACGGCAGAGGUGAAGAAGCGGCGUGGCGUGGCGGGGUGCUGCCUCCUCUACAAGGCUCUCGGUGCGGCGGCGCAGCGCGGGCAGUCGCUGGCGCAGCUGAAGUCCUUGGCCGACCGCAUCUCCAACAACAUGCGCUCCAUCGGGGCCUCGCUGUCUUCCUGUGCGCUGCCGGGCAGCCCGCCGUCGUCGGUGCUGCCGCAUGGCGUGGUCGAGGUCGGCCUCGGCAUCCACGGAGAGAAGGGUCUGCUGCAGGUGCCCUUCACCGGAGCGGCGGCCCUAACAAAGAUGCUCGUCGCGGUGCUGCUGGGACGCGUCGACGACGCCGUGCCCGGGCACCGUCGCGCGACCACACCGAUCCCGGCCGGCGUGAAGGCGCUCCUCCUCGUAAACAACCUCGGGGGCACGGCGGACCUGGAGAUGAACACGGUAACCCACUACGCCCUGCACGAGCUUGUCGGCGCUGGCGUGACCGUUGUCGGGGUGCACAGCGGGCGGCACAUGACGUCGCUGGAUAUGCACGGCUUCUCCAUCACGCUGCUCGUCAUCGCCGAUGAGGCGGAUUUGGAGUUCGUGCUGAACACCAACGCCGUGCAGAAGCCGUUUAUGAACUUCCACGCACCGCAGCUGAGCCACAAGACGGUGCCAGGACCGCUGACGGCGCUGCAGCUGGCGAAGCAAGAGGCGGAGGCAGCGGGGCGGGCACCGAUUGAUCCGGCCUCCAGUCCUCUCUGCGCCGCCGUGAAGCGGGUCUUCGACAAGCUCGUGACCAUGGAGGCGUACUUUAACGGCCUGGACGCGGAGGUGGGCGACGGUGACCUCGGCAGCGGCGUCCACCGCAGCUCGAUGGCGGUGCUGGAGAUGCUGCCAUACCUGCCGUGGGAGGCGAACGUGCUGCGCAGCUUCACGCUCAUCUCGAAGGCCGUGGCGGACGCCUGCGCCGGCACCUCCGGCCCGUUGUACGGUGCUCUGCUGAUCGGUGGUGGCACCGGCGCGGCGAAGGUGCUCGCGGAGGAGAAGGCAGGGGCCAGCUUCGUCGUGGAUGCGGUGCGGGCGGCAAUCGCGCAGGGAAGCCAAGCUGUGCAGGAACUCGGCGGGGCGCGCAAGGGAGACCGGACGAUGGUGGACGCGUUGGAGGGGAUGCGCGAGGCGCCUGCCGUGGCGGCGGCGCAGACGGUGCCGGAGCUGAUCGCUGCCUGCCACCUCGCGGCGCGUGCGGCAGCGGAUGCGACGGCGCAGAUGCCAGCGAAGUUCGGUCGCAGCCUCUACCUUCAGGGCAAGGAGAUUGGCAAGAAGGACCCUGGGGCGGAGCUGGUGGUGUCGUGGCUCGAGGCACUCCAGUGA